AUGGGGAAAGUUGCACUUUGGAUCCUAGGCAUCAGGAUAGUAAUCUCCAUUCUAGGGAUCAUAGGUAAUACAGCACUAAUCCUGUUCCUAGUUCAGAAGCCGAUCGUCAAUCUGAAGACCUUUGAAGUGCUUCUCCUUGGCUUGUCAGUCUCCAACUUGGAGGAGAUCUUCAUCGUGGAUAUCUAUGACAUCCUUGUGGUGCGCGUUUCUAUCAGUCAGGACGUAUGGGCCUGCCGCUCUCUGAAGUUCCUGACAGUGGUUGGUCAGGUGGCUAGCAUCAUGUUUACUGUGCUCAUCAGUAUCUUCCGCUACCAGAAACUCAGAGACGCAGAGACCAGAGUCAACCUUCCCAUCUUCCUGGACAACAUUCGUUACGCCUGGGCUAUGAGUGGGCUCUGUGUGACGUUGGCGUUGCUACUCGCGGCCCCCACUUACGUGAUGAACAUGGAUGGACACAUGAAAAACAUCACUGGCAACCAAAAAUGCCCACCACACUUCUUCCUAUGCUAUAGGGAUAACUGCCCAGCCAUAAACCGUUUAUACAAAUACCUGUUUGUCGUCCUCUCCAACCUUCUGCCUCUCCUGGUCGUCACCGUCAGCAGUUGCCUCAUCAUAAAGGUUCUCCUGGGGCAGAAGAGGAUGGUGAAGCCAGGGCUGGGAGCCCCAGGAUCAGAGCAGGAGCCCAAAAGGAACAAAAGCCCUCGGAUUCACAGAAGUACGGUGGCCAUUUUGGCAGCCAUGGCCCUGUUUCAGAUCGACUGGACCUUGUACCUAGUUCUCCAUCUGGGAUACAGCCCCUAUGACUUCCCUGCUUGGUCUGAGUUGGAGUUCUUGAUCUCCACAGCCUACACCACAAUCAGUCCUUAUGUAUAUGGGAUAGGGAAUAAUCUCUUAACUUUGAAAAAAAUUAGGAGGUAG